AGGGCGUUUAUUGGAAAAUAACAAGUAACAGUUAGACAAAGAUUAAAAACAAAACCCAUAGCGAAGCCUUUUAUCGAAAAUUUUACAAACCAGAUCUACACUGUGAAAAUGGCACAGGCGAAGACGUCGCAGCCAAAAUUCUUGCCCCGUAUCGAAAAGAGCUCCAAUACUCACGUUGCCACUGCCGGCGGAAACCCAUUCGAUGAGGCAGAAGAUGAAGAAAUAUUCAGUAAGCGCAGGAUGACACUUAAUCUACCCAGCAACUGCAGCGGGGAGUUGAUGCAUUUGAUCGUCGCAAACAACUGGCUGUUUUGUUUACUAUCAGCAGAAGGGCGGUUGACACUGCUGCGAUUCUUUCUACCUCGCGCAAUUCCACCAGGCCAAACUGCUUUAGAAAAAUAUCUUGCUGGCUAUAAAAUAACAAAUAUUUUUCUUGAUACUACCGGCCAUCACCUCAUUGUUUCACUGGUGCCCAAAUCACCAGGUGUCUCGGCCGAUUUUCUCUAUAUACACAGCACGGAAUCGCCCCAAGGACAACAGCUCAAAGUGCGUCGAAUCGAGAAGCUAAAAGAUCACGAAAUCACAUCGGUUGCUUUCAACACAUACCACGGUGACAAAUCCACGACAAGCUAUAUACUAAUGGGCACCAGUCGCGGGCUUAUUUUUGAAACAGAACUGGGACCAGCCAGCGACACGCAGAGAAAACAGCUCUACGACCUGGGUCUGGGUCUUAGCAAAUAUCCCAUUAACGGGCUGGAGGUACUGCGUGUGCCUAAUAGCAAUCGUUGGAUAGUUGUUGCCAACACACCGGACAGUAUUUACACAUUCUACGAAACGCUAAAGCCGGACGAACGUUCCCUGCAGCCCAUUUUUGCGAGCUAUGUAAAUGGCGAGCGGGAACUAUCCCAAAAACAACAAAAAACCGAUUUGAGUUACUCAACGCUUCGGUUUUUUGCUCCUCCCAAUAGCAAGUAUCCAAAACAAUGGGCCUGGCUAUGCGGCGCUGGCAUACGCAUUGGUGAGCUUUCAAUAGAUCCUAAGAGUAGUGAACCGCUGAUGGGCGACACGUUGAUCAAUUUGGAUUUGGAAAAAGGCAAACAUUUGUCUUAUGACGAACGACGUAUACAUGUGCCCAAAUCCUUCGUGUUAACGGAGUAUCAUGCCGUGCUACUUUACGCGGACUACAUAAAAGCCAUAUGUUUGCUUAACCAGGAGUUAGUGUACCAUGACUCAUUCGAUGAGGCCAGAGUUGGAAAGCUUUUAAAUAUGGAACGGGACCCUGUGACAGGUGCCAUAUACGUUUAUACAGACAAAGCGGUCUUUACGCUUAAAAUUACCCACGAGGAGCGAAACAUAUGGCGUAUAUAUUUAAAUAGGGGCCAAUACGAACUGGCAACGGCGCAUGCCGCCGGAGUGCCCGAGAAUCUACAGCUGGUAUUGGCGCAGCGUGCAGAGGCUGCAUUUAAAGAAGGCGCUUAUGAGGCUGCCGCAAAUUAUUAUGCAGAAACCAAUGAGACAUUUGAAAAGGUGUGCUUAAAAUUCAUGGUGCUGCCCGAUAAAAGACCAAUAGUUAACUACGUUAAGAAGCGACUCACUAAGCUGACCAUGAUGAAUGUGGAAGAACGGGCCGAGCAUCAAGCUGAUGCCAUCAAGGCCCUAAUCAUCUGGCUGAUCGAUCUCUAUCUAACGCAAAUUAACACGCCCGGCAACGACGAAGCCUUGCGCGAAGAAUGGCAGGCGGAGUACGAUGAGUUCAUGCGUGAGCCACCUGUUUUAGCAUGCACAAAUGAGCAACGCAUUGCUGUGCGACAGCUCAUUGCAGAGCAUGCGGAUCCGCACAACUUAACGCAAUUCGCAAUCUCUAUAGACGACUACGAGGAGGUGAUCGGACAACAGCUGAAAGCAGACAGGCAUCCUGAAGCGCUGCAAACGCUGUGUAAACAGCGAGAUUUGACGCUCUACUACAAGUAUGCUCCUCAGCUAAUGGAACGUCUACCAAAGCAAACGAUCGAUGCCCUGAUGGCACAAGGCGCCAAAUUAGAGAUUGAGAAAGUAGUGCCUACCCUUAUAAUAAUAGAUACGCAGGAACAGCGGGAGCAGGUCAUACGCUAUCUCGAGUUUGCCGUCUAUAAGCUAAAUACCUCAAACGAUGCCAUACAUAAUUUCCUCCUGCAUCUAUAUGCGCAAUACGAUAGAAAGCAGCUAAUGAAAUACCUGGAAAUACAGGGCCGGGAUGAAACAUUGGUAAAUUACGACAUUCACUUCGCAUUGAAGGUGUGCACCGAAUUGGAUGUGAAGGUGGCCUGUGUGUUCCUGCAGUGUAUGCUGUGCAUGUGGACAACUGCUGUCGACUUGGCGCUACAAUUCGACAUGAAAUUAGCCAAAGAGACGGCAGUAAGGCCACAGGACAGUGAGACACGCCGCAAACUGUGGCUACGCAUAGCCUACCAUGAAAUUAAGGGUACGAACGAUGUAAAAAAGGCCCUGAGCCUGCUAAAUGAAAGCGAGCUGUUGCGGAUUGAGGAUCUGCUGCCAUUCUUUUCAGAUUUUGAAAAGAUUGACAAUUUUAAAGAGGCUAUUUGUGAUGCUCUAAAGAAAUACAACGAGCGCAUACAGGUCUUGCAGAAGGACAUGGCUGAAACAAGGAAGCAGUCGCAACUUGUGUGCAAGGAACUGCGUCAACUGAAACAACACAGCAUUCGAAUGGAGGCGCAAGACGUGUGCGACAUCUGUGAUCUUAUACUGCUGGUUUUACCAAUGCUCAGUAAGGAACGCAGUCGCCGACUUACGAUGUUGAAGCAACAAAUGGAAAAUUUAAUGGCACAAACAAUAGGCUCGACCAAUCACACAACCGAGCAACAGGCGAAACGCGUUGAUCUCAAAACAGAAAUCGAGGACAUACUUGCGUCCGAUUGCCUCUACUGUGGCCUGUUGAUUGAGACCAUAGACCAGCCUUUCUUCGACGAUUGGGAUCAGGUGAACGUCGAGUGGGAAUAGCAGAGCCUUAGUUAUUGCAACGGAUACAUGUAUAUACUAGAAUAAACUACCCGAAUCGCACUUUCUGGUUCCAAUGUUAAAAAUA